AUGCCUCCCCCAGGUCGCGUGGUGGUGCUGCGCCUCCGCCAAGCCCGGACUUUGGUGUGGCACCAAGAGGCGCGCAGGCUUCUGGGUAUCCUCAGGGCGGCGGCAGCUUGUGGGGCGUUUUCGGCCCUCCCGCCUAUCACCCUGGCCCUUCUCUGCUUGGACGGCGUCUACCUCUCCCCGACCGAGAAUGAUUUUGUGCACCGCGUCCAGGAGGAGCUGGACCGCUUCCUGCUGCAGAAGCAGCUGUCCAAGGUGCUGCUUUUCCCCCCACUCUCCAGUCGCCUUCGGUACCUGAUCCACAGAACAGUAGAGCAUUUUGAUCUUCUGAGUAGCUUCUCUGUUGGGGAGGGCUGGAAGAGAAGGACAGUCAUCUGUCACCUGGACGUCAGGUUACCCAGCUCAGAUGGACUCUCUGGCCCCUGCCGCCUUCCUGCCUCCCACUCUAGCAAGUACCAAGGUCCUUGGCCCACCUCAAACCAGGGAGUGGCUGCUACUCCCCGAGGGGCACGGGCAGGCCGGGGGCAUCGGGGACGCAAGCCGGACCAGCCUUUAUAUGUGCCUCGGGUACUGCGCAGGCAAGAAGAAAGGAUGCCCACCCCUACCCCAGGGCUCCAGGUUGACGCUCUAGCUGGCAGGCACCUGGAAGAGCCUGCAGAUGCUGGUGCCGGGGACCCCAGCUCUGAUCAGGAGUGUCCUGUGUUGAUGACUCGGGCACCAGAGGACCUAAAGGGCCCAGGCCAGCACUGUGAGAACGAGCAGCUGCUCGACCCAGUGGGCACCCAGCCCUCGGGGCCUGAGAGCCACUCAGGGAUGGGGGAUAGCCUGGAGGAAGCCACACAGCUUUCAUCUACCCUGCAGCCAGACUUGGGAGAGGGGAAUGGGGGUGAGCUGGAGAGGAGCCUGGCGGCAGAGGAGGAGGAAGAAGACCUGGACGAGGAGGGGCCCGGCAGCUGCUCCGAGGAUGAUUACAGUGAGCUGCUGCAGGAGAUAACGGACAACCUGACCGAGAAGGAGAUUCAGGUAGAGAAGGUGCACGUGGACACAUCCUCCUUCGUAGAGGAGCUACCUGGAGAGCAGAACUUUGCCCAUGUGGUGGAAAUCUACGACUUCGAACCAGCGCUCAAGACUGAGGACCUGUUGGCAGCGUUUUCCGAGUUCCAAGAGAAGGAGUUCAAGAUUCAGUGGGUGGACGACACGCACGCACUCGGCGUCUUCCCCUGCGUGGCCUCAGCUGCUGAAGCCCUGGCCAAGGACUUCUCGGGGCUCAAGAUCCGGCCCCUCACACAGGGAAGCAAGCAGUCAAAGCUGAAAGCCCUGCAGAGGCCAAAGCUCCUGCGUCUGGCGAAGGAGAGACCACAGACAAGUACAGCAGUGGCCCGCAGGCUGGUGGCCCGGGCCCUGGGGCUUCAACACAAAAAGAGAGAGCGGCCUGCUGUUGAGUCUCCUACCUCCCCGAGGCCCUGAGCGGCCCAGCCAGGCCAGCCAGCCUAGCCAGCCUGGCUGGACAUCCCCGGGACAAGCCAGUGCGCCCACAAGCCUCUACAGAGACAACGGCCCUGCACCUUGUGGAGUGUGGGGCAUCACUGUGGAGUGUUGUGAGCUUCAGUUUGGUCUACUUUCAGAAAAUUGAGAAAAAAAUAAAAACUUAAAGGUUGUUAAAUGUGAUUGCUUCAAAAUAAUGGUCUACCAUGGGACACUACAGGGUGCUGUUUGUCUCCCAUUUUAGACCUGAGGAUGCAGAGGAAAUUGGUUGCUCUAGGAGACUGGCCUGGAGGAUUCAGCUGGGUCUGCAAGGCGUUUUUGCAGAGCCUGCCCCGCUUGGGGAGUAGGUCACACCUGUUGUCUCCCCUCACGAGUUGGGUGUUCUUCCUGCCACCAGGAGCUGCAGCAUGGCUGCAGCGAUGGCACAGCUGAUGGCCCUGGCCCCCUGGGGCAGGUUCUGAUGUUUCCUGUCAGUGGGCCACAGAAGGGCUCCUUGCAAAAUAAAUGUGAGCAGAGCCACGAGGUGGGUUCUGAAAUGG